AUGUCACCGUUUUCCACGCUCAUUGUUAUCCUUCUAUCUUGCAUCAUGAUUCAUCACCUUCCACUGGCAAGCUCCAAACAAUGGUGCGUGGCCUCUCCGACAUCGAAAGAGAAGCAGCUAGAAGAAAAUCUCGGGUUUGCAUGCGCCAAUGGAGUUGAUUGCAGACCAAUCCUAGAAGGUGGAGCCUGUUACAACCCCGCUACUCCAUUAAGCCAUGCGUCUUAUGUGAUGAACGCGUAUUACGCAAACCAUGAGCGCACUGACUACGCUUGCAAGUUCCCUUUCCCAAACAGUUCCAUGUUGACUACUACAAAUCCUAGUUAUGGUAGUUGCGUCUAUGCAUAA